CCGGAGGUUUCCCCGCCGGCCGCGUCCCGUCCGCUCCCUGCGAACCAGGAGUCCCCUCUGCGUGCCCCUGGGCUCCGCUCCGGCCCGGCUGCGCCAGACGCAGCUCUGCCCGACGGCGACAUGGGUUUUCCCCCAGUCCCGGAGGCUGGCAGCCGGCGCUGGAGGCCUGUGCUCCUCGCCUUCCUCCUGGCUGCCUCCCGAGGCCUGGUGACAGCGUUCAAGAUUGCCACGCCCUAUUCCCUGUACGUGUGUCCCGAGGGGCAGAACGUCACCCUCACCUGCAGGCUCUUGGGCCCCCUGGCCAAAGGGCACGACGUGACCUUCUACAAGACCUGGUACCGCAGCUCGCGGGGCGAAGUGCAGGUCUGCUCGGAGCGCCGGCCCAUCCGCAACCUCACGUUCCAGGACCUCCACCUGCACCACAGUGGCCACCAGGCCAACACCAGCCAGGAUCUGGCCCAGCGAUACGGGCUGGAGUCGGCCUCCGACCACCACGGCAACUUCACCAUCACCAUGCGCAACCUGACCCUGCUGGAUGGCGGCCUCUACUGCUGCCUGGUGGUGGAGCUCAGGCACCACCACUCGGAGCAGCGGCUCUUUGGAGCCAUGGAGCUGCAAGUGCAGAGAGGCGAAGAAACACCAUCCAAGUGCAUCGCGUACCCACCCUCCUCCAACGAGAGUGAAAGCAUCACGGCUGCUGCUCUGGCUACGAGCGCCUGCAUCGUGGGUAUUCUCUGCCUCCCCCUCAUCCUGCUCCUGGUCUACAAGCAAAGGCAGGUGGCCUCCAACCGCCGUGCCCAGGAACUGGUGCGGAUGGACAGCAACAACGUUCAAGGAAUUGAAAACCCUGGCUUUGAGACCUCUCCACCUUCUCACGGGAUGCUGGAGGCCAAGCCCAGGCAGCCCCUGACCUACAUGGCCCAGCGGCAGCCUUCUGAGUCUGGGCGGCACCUGCUCUCCGAGCCCAAUACUCCUCUGUCUCCACCAGGCCCCGGGGAUGUCUUCUUCCCCUCCCUAGACCCUGUCCCUGACUCCCCAAAUUCUGAGGCCGUCUAAACCAGCUAGGGGCCCGCGGAAGACGUGGCUGGGCCUGGGGCAGGGGCAUUUGAGCCAGGGCUGGCCCUCUGACUGGUCCCUUUGGCCCUGGUUUCUUCCCUCCAGCUGUUAAGCUCAGACUCUUUGAAAUACCCCUGAUGGCAGAAGGGAGAAGGUGUUGGACAGUCCAGCCCCUCUCUCAAGGAUGGUGAGAGGCUGGAAUCCCACCCCAAGGACCUGAAAUUCACCAGCUACUGAUGCCAGAUGACCUCCAUCCUCGAAGCCGCAGGACUGCCAGCUCCCGUGGCAGCCUCUCUCUCUGGGACAUAAGCCCUGGGACCUGACCGUAUAGAUGUGCACUGGGCAGACCUCCCAGACCACCCUCCAGGCCCGAGACACAGGAUAAGAUGUGGAGAGACUCUUCCCACUGCAGUGGGCCUGGCUCCCCACUCCCGCCUGAGACUGCUCAUCCAUCAGACUCACUCUUUGUAAUCAUGAGGCUCUGAGGCUAGGCCUGCGUGACCUGGCUGCCUUCUAACCAGCAGACUCUGAGGGGCUGUCAACAGGUUAAACAAAUCUGGGGUUCCCACUGCCUGCACUCUGGGUCCCCAGAAUGCACUGGCUGGAAGCCCCCAAACGGGAAGUACGCUGUGGGGCACGGUGACCAUUGUGAGCCAACUGGCAACUUGGGCAAUGGGGGCCAGGCCAGAGGUUGUAUUGCCCACCCACCAUAGUGGGGAGAGGAGGGAGAGUGGGCUGGCGGGGGGCCUGCUGGGAAGGUUCAGAGGACAGGGCUCCUCCCCCCUCUCCCUGUGGUCAAGAGAGCUGGUGACCACAUAAUGUACUGCCCAAACUAUGACUACUUUUCAGUGUGAAGAGGGGGUGCUAUUAAAAACUACGUGGGUGACAGUGUAAAAACCCCAUGGACGGAUUGUAAGAGCUGGGUUGAAAUCCCUACUCUGCUUCAGAGGUGCCUGAGGCCCAGGGAGCCCCCCACCCCCACCCCCAGUCUUCGAGGACCUCUGUGACAGUCACUCUGCACUGAGCUGUCAGGGGCAGCGGGACCCUGCUGGAUAGGAGGAGCGGGCGCGUCCACAGAGAGUCUGGGCCUGCUCUGCCCUAGACCCUCUGCUCCCAUCUCCUGCUUCAGGCAUGACCCAGGUUUGUCUUUCUAUACAAAUAGGAGGGGAAUCCUUUGUGGAAUUUCAAUUCAAGAGCUUUAAAGCAUUGAGAGGAGUGGGGAGGGAUCUCUGUACCCUGUGGGGUGAAAGUGGUUGGUGGGGCCUGAGAGGGCGAGGGGCAGUUUGAGCUAGACAGGCACCCCGGGCACUGCAGUGUGGAGGGUGUCAUUUCAACUGGGCAUUCGUCUGCCAGUAGCCUACGCUGGUUCUGCCGAGCCAGGCAUGGGUGCUGAGAGCCCGGGUUUCUGGCCAGGAUAAGGGCCCAGCAGGCAGGGAGAUGCCUCCCUGGCCUGGUUGGGGAUCGGAGAGGAACAGCCCUAGGCUCUCAGAGAGCUGGCCAUGAGCCCCAGGCCUGAACCUGGAGCCAGGGAGCCCCCUUCUCAGGUCCAAGGCUGUAGGCCAACGUGGGCCCUGAGCGGAACAGGGGGCUUGGAGGAGAACGUGAGUGUGGGCCUUGGGCCUCAAGGCUGCACUGACACCUCCAGUGGCCAGAGCCCUGAACCCUGGCUCCUGCUUUGUCCCCAGGGGUCUACUCCUCUGUUUUCUUUGCUGCUGUGGACACUUAGCGCCAGCUGCCACAAAAAGAGGGUGCUGUCUUCAUGGCUUGUGGGGUCCCAGGGGGCAGGGAUGGGCAGAGCAAUACCUGCUCAAGGCAGGGCCAGGCUACCCCUGGGUUGAAGGACAAGCGCACAGACUAGACUCCUCAUCCCCCAGCUCAGAAAGAAUGUUCCUGCCUGUCAGGGAGGCUGGCCUGGCCCAAACCUCAGUUCUGACCUCAAGGUAGAGACAACUUCUAAGAAUCGGGCUGCCAGACCCCAGGCCCACCGGCCGCUGAGUGGAGGAGGGAGGAGGCCCCGGAGUAGAAAGACACCACACUUCCUCCCCAGCUUCCUCCUGCAUGGCCUCGAGCUCGUCUCUGGACACUUACUAGUGAACGUAUAGCUUCGUGGUUUCCUGUUUUCAGCGAAAUUUACUCUGAGCUCCAGUCUCCAUCUUCAUCCACGACAACACACCCUGUCCCUAGCAACCCUAAAGGUGCUCCCCGCCAACCCCGAUGCUGUGGGGAAAGGCAGGGUACCCGGGUUGUCCCUCUGUGCUCGCCUUGGGGUGGCAGUGCUUCUGGAGAUGCCUGUGGGCUGGGGUGUGUGGAACAGAGUAGGGGAAUGAGAACAUGGUCCCUGCCUUUAGGGAGCUGGGAGGAGCCCUGGGAGGGAAAUUUGUGUUUUCAGGCACUAAGUCAUUGUUAAGAGAUGUAUCAGGAAUUAAGGGGCCUGUAACCUAUCUCUUGAUGUUUCACAUUUAAUAAAAGAUCUCCUGCCUUUGUUUCCUGCAA